UGGAGGGAGGCUUCAAUUUCACAUACAAAACAGGACCCUUCUCACCCAACCAAACGGGAAUGAAAGUGCGCUUGAGUGUGAACAACAUUAUCAAGCGGUUGGUGGUUCAUGACGUCAUCGGGGUGAUCCGAGGAAGCGUUGAACCAGAUCAGUUCAGCGUGACGGGCAACCACCACGACGCGUGGGGUUUCGGAGCCAGCGACCCGUCAUCGGGAACCGCUGCACUCCUGGAGGCGAGUCGAACCCUGGGUGACAUGGUGAGACGCGGAUGGAGGCCCAGGCGUUCGAUCGUCGUCGCUUUCUGGGCCCAGGAAGAAUUCGGCAUGGGCGGCUCCAGGGAAUGGGUGGAGGAAAAUAUUGAUCUUAUAACUCACGGUGCGGUUGGUUACGUCAACCUUGACAUUUGUGCUCAAGGUUCGCUGUUUGGAGCCGCGGCAUCUCCUUCGUUGCGCAACAUAAUCUACAAGGCAAACGAAGUGUUUCCUGUCGCCGGGAACAGUUGUGGACAUGCUACGAACGACUGCCAGAGGGUUGACAUUUCAAGCUACAUCGGAUUGUCCGGCGCUGGAAGUGACAAUAUCGCGUUCAACCUUUUCGCUGGAGUACCUUCUGUGGACUUCUAUUUCACGCCAGACCCAGUAAGUAAUUUCACGUUUAUAUAUUUCUUUUAA